ACAAAGAUUUUGUUUCUCUCUUGCUUCACUCAAAAUUAGACCGUUACAAAAAAUCAAAACUUUUUUCACUUUAACAACUUCAACAAUGAUGAAAAGUCAAAGAAUCCCAAUAAGAACUUACCAAAAAAGCACUUAUUCAAUCAAACACUGUGAUUUCAAGUUCAACAUUUCAUCAUCAGAUUCAAAACCGACUACUAUCAUGUCAAAUAGAAACACUGUUCUUGAACCUCUUCUUCAUGUCCUUGAUCCCAUUUCAUUGAUCCUUAACCAUAAUUCAAAUUCAGACCAACCUUGUCCUCUUAGGUUCACCUCUUUAGAAGAUAGCUUCGUUAUGGAGAGAGGACCGAAUUAUAAUGCAUAUGCUGAAUUGAGGGAAAAGAAGUUGCGGUUAAGAUGUUUGAUGGAAGUUCAAGAAGAGAAUUCGGAGAUUGAAGUUGAACCAGCGAAACUUGCCACUACAAUAACGAAACAGGUUAGGUUUCAAGAAGAACGUUUUGAGAUUGAAUCAGAGAAACUUGUAGCACCAACAAGGAAAAAUGUGAAAUUUCAAGGUGGAUUAGCUUAUGGGAGAAGAGGGUCUUUGGAACAAGAACCAAAACUUGUAGCCCCAACAAGGAAAGAGGUUAAAUUUCAAGGUGGUUUGGCUAGUGGGAGAAAAGGGUCUUAUGCUGUUGCUCAAUCUGUGCCUGAUUUCUCUGCAGUAUUGAGGAAAGAAAAUAGGAAGCCGACAAAUAUUCUGCCUUCGGUGAUGGAGACGAAGACACCACCGCCUUCGAAGAGUAGUUUCUAUAAGGAUAAUAACAUGGCAGGGUCAAGUUCGAGAGGAAGUAAGUCAGAGAGUGCAAAGGAGAAGAAGAAAACGAUUGGCGGAGGCAGUGUUUUGAUGGGAAGGAAGAGUUAUGCUAGCUUGGAUGAGCUUAAGAGUUUGUCUUCUGCUACUGCAAUUGCCAUCAAUGGUGAAAGUAGAGGAGGAAGGAAUAGUAGAGUUUUGAGGAAGACAGUUUCAGUUCACAGACAGUUUUGAAUGUGAGGUUCCUUAAAGUUUGGAUUUUUUUCUUAAUUGUGUGUUGAAUAUGAGAUGCUGUGGUGAUUGUUCUUCUGUUUCUCUUUUGUUUUUCAAUAUUCAUUCUAUUUGGCUUCUUGAAUUACUUUCGAGUGUUUUACUACUAUACUAUAUGUAAAGCUUUGAUGUAAGUAAGAUUGUUGAUUGCUAUAACACAAAUAUUAUACAAAAAAUACAUAGUUUUAUCA